AUGAAAUGGUGGAGCAAGCUCGUCUGGAAUUUAUCGAUUCCUCCAAAGGCACGUGUGAUGUUAUGGAGAGCCUUCAUGAAUGUUAUUCCGACCGCUCAAAAUCUGAGGGAGCAUCAUGUACCUGUUGACGGAAUAUGUGAGUGCUGUGGGAGCAGAUGGGAUUCGACGGAACAUAGUUUGGUUUUUUGCAUGGGAGUUCGGAAGUCGUGGAAAGAUAGUAGAUAUUGGCAGAUCAUGUCAAAGGCGGAGGGGCUGACUUUAAUGCAGAUCGCUUGGGCAAUACAUGAGGAAUUCACAUGUGAAGAGUAUGAAGUUUGGGCGAUUAUGGUGUGGCAAGUGUGGGUACUCAAGUGCCGGUCCAAACACGAGAAGAUGAGGGUAAUGAACGAGGUUACAGAGAAUGACUGUCUGAUGUUAUGGGAAAGCUUCCAACGAGCAAAGUCGGCCUAUGCGUUGAAUACUGUUAUGGGGCUAGAAUAUGGAGAUAAAAAAUGGCUGAAGCCGAAGCGUGGGGAGUACAGGGUGGAUGUGGAUGUUUUGUAUGAUGAGAGUACUCAAGCUUUUGGAGUUGGUGUCAUAGCAAGAGAUGAGCAUGGUACGAUCAUUGCUGCGUUGGCGAAGAAGACUCGCCCUACGUCUAAUACAAUGGUUGCUGAGGUUAUGGCGGUAGUGGAGGGAAUUGUAUUUAGUGUUGAAGGUGAUCUGCAGCCGAUACGUAUCUUCACCGACUCUAUGUUAGCGGCGAGGGUAAUGGUUAAUCCUGCUGAGGAGGCGGCUUUUCUUCCUCAAGACAUCCGUGAUAUCUUGGAUGUGGCGCGCGUUUGCAUGCCAUUGUGA